AAUAGCAGAAUUUGAUGCGAGUGUUUAUAAGAAACGGGCUGGUAGAUAGCUUUUAACAUCCUUUUCGAAGAAUGUUAAUGCUGAGCCCAAAACACAAGGAGAUUACCGGACCCAAAGAGGGCCGAAACCUGAACAAGAAUGUUAAAUAUCGCCCCAUUUUGCGUGCUAGCAUCGGGAAUCUCGAAACCCGGAACGAAAAUGGCGUCAACUGAAAACAAAGAUGACCACUCUUCUGCUAAAAGAGUAGCUGUCAUUGGCGCUGGUGUUAGUGGACUCGCGGCAGCUUACAAGUUGAAAUCACAAGGUUUACAUGUUACGGUAUUUGAAUCUGAAGGAAGAGCUGGAGGGAAGUUAAGAAGUGUUUCGAGGGAUGGUUUGAUAUGGGAUGAAGGAGCAAAUACAAUGACUGAAACUGAGAUUGAAGUGAGAAGUUUGUUUGAUGAUCUUGGUAUUCAAGAUAAGCAACAAGUUCCAAUUGCACAGAACAAGCGGUAUAUCAUGAGAAAUGGCGUGCCUGUAUUGAUCCCCUCAAAUCCUCUCUCAUUAUUCACAAGCAGCAUUCUUUCAGCAAAAUCGAAGUUUCAGAUUAUUUUGGAGCCUUUUCUGUGGAGAAACAGUGAAGCCUCAAAAGUAUCUGAUGCUUAUAAUCAGGAAAGUGUGGGAGGAUUUUUUCAGCGCCAUUUUGGGCAGGAGGUUGUGGAUUACCUUGUUGAUCCCUUUGUUGCUGGCACAAGUGCUGGAGAUCCUGAAUCUCUAUCUAUGUGCCAUUCCUUUCCGGAGCUAUGGGAUCUUGAGCAAAGGUUUGGCUCUAUCAUUGUUGGAGCAGUUAAAUCUAAAUUCUCUGCCAAAAGGACAAAUCGUGAAGAAACAAAAAAUUCAGUGAAAAGAAAGGCUCUACGUUGCUCAUUUUCCUUUCAGGGUGGAAUGCAGACACUUGCUGAUAUGUUGUGCAAAGAUCUUUCCAAAGAUGAGCUUAAACUGAAAUCAAAGGUUUUGUCAUUAUCUUACAGUCAUGAGGGGAAGUCUACAUCUGAGAACUGGUCUCUCUCUUAUGCUUCUGAUCGAGACAAGUGCUCACAAGGCUCAUCAUUUGAUGCUGUAAUAAUGACGGCUCCGGUGUGCAAUGUUAAAGAAAUGAAAAUUACUAAAGGAGGAAAUGUCUUUCCACUGAACUUCAUCCCUGAGGUGAGUUAUAUGCCACUAUCUGUCAUAAUUACCGCUUUUAAGAAGGAGAAUGUCAAGAAACCCCUAGAAGGAUUUGGAGUUCUUAUACCUUCAAAGGAGCAGCAAAAUGGUUUAAAAACUCUCGGUACACUUUUUUCAUCUGUGAUGUUUCCUGAUCGUGCACCUAAUAAUUUGUAUCUCUAUACAACCUUUGUUGGAGGAAACCGAAAUAAGGAGCUGGCAAAAGCCUCAACAGAUGAAUUGAAGCAUAUUGUUACUUCCGACCUUCAGCAGUUGUUGGGAGUGGAGGGAGAACCCACAUUCUUCAAUCAUUUCUAUUGGAGCAAGGCAUUUCCCUUAUAUGGCCGUAACUAUGCUUCAGUCUUGGAAGCCAUUGAAAAGAUGGAGAGAGAUCUCCCUGGAUUCUUCUAUGCAGGUAACCACAAAGGGGGAUUAUCGGUGGGCAAAUCGAUUGCUUCUGGUUGCAAAGCAGCGGAUAAUGUAAUUACAUAUUUGGAAUCUUCACAUGACAAGCUGCUGAAAUGAUGGAUUACCAUCGAAAUAGGUGUCUAAUAUCAUUUUUUAAGUGGAAAAAAGAGAGGCUAGAAGCCAACAAGAUACAAAGACAAAAACUCUAAUUCCCCGCAUGGGUUGAAACAUCACCUUGCAGCACCCUAUCCACUUGGACCUUAGGAAACUUCAUCAAUAGACUAUUGAGCAGCCAUGGUAGUAAGCCAAGAUAGGGUUUUGGAUCUGGUAUUCUCAUUGAACUUGCUUGGCCAUCAGCUAAGAGUUUGUGUGAACAUGCAGCUUAUACACACUCAAUUUUUGUGCAAGUUCCAGUCCAGUUAUAAGCGCGGAGAAAGCAAAGGAUAAACCAUACAACCACUCGUUGCCCUUGGAAUCGACCAACAUCAGAUGUAUUGAGCUGCAGUGGUACUGAUUGUUAAGGAGAGCUGUGAAUGUUAGAGGUGUAUUUUGAUUUUGUUGAGAUGUUUUGCCAUGUUAUUGUGUGUUUGCAAAAUCUGAAGAAUGCUGUUUUGAUAUAAAA